AUUGUCGUCUGCUAAUCUAAGUUACCGUUUAAAUUAAUUAAGUAAUAGAUCUAGAUCUAAAUCUACAUAUAAAUCUAGAAUCUAAGUUAUUUUAAUAGCAAAACAUAGCAUAAAAUAAUCAUAAUUGUGUAUUAUUAAAGAGUUCUGGAGACACGGGAUAAAUGUCGACGGUUAAAAUGGACGAGAGCAGUGGCCGCACGAUCAUGUCCUAUCAACCAGCUCGGACGGUUCUGCUGGACUUGAGCUCACCUCUGGAGAAGCAGGCGGCGAGAGCUGUGUGCGAGGCGCUAGAAAACACCCUGUGUAUGAGUUCUAGGAUGGACGGCCAGCCCCGGAUCCCACUGAUUGCUAUUUACUUACUUACGUCUUAUCCCGAAGUAAUAUUGCCACUGUCCUGCACAAAAAAUAACUUCGUUCGGUUGCAUGCAGCCAUAGAGGACAUACGUAAAAUGCUGGAUGAUGGUUUAUCAGAACGCAAGUCAAAGAGUGAGGAGCCAUGCCUUUACCAGGCGGUACUAGAGUCAUGUAACCAAUACAGACGAUACAUAGCCAGCCUUCCUCAGGCGCCAAUCAACUUUAACCAACUGGAAGUAAUUAUAGUAACGGGUAAAUCCGGAGAUUGUGUACACAAGCAGCUAAACGCACUACCAAAUGAAGCGGAUUUAACUGUUUUUAAGAGAAUUGUCAGCGCUACAAUCAGCAGUAGCCAGCCCCUAGACGUGAUCCCAGAAAACUUGGAUGUAAACAAUUUUGCGCCUAGUGACGUCAGCAGUCUCGUCGAUGUAUUUGAUCUUCAAAGUGAUCCGCUUUCCCUACAGAAGUUUUUCUAUAACUGGUUGAUUGAUACAUCAAGCGAGUAUGAAAAUAUGCAUUUGAUUUUGCCAGCUCCUAGUCCAGCUGAUCAGGCUUUGGUGCUUAAGUGUGAUUUUAUAGAGCGGAUGCUCAGCCCUAUACAGCUCCCAUUUGAAGAGUACUUUAAUCUACAUGCCGAGUCGACGUCUUGCAAGCAUAUUUUUCCAACACCCAGCAAAGCUAAAGGGAUCAAAGUUCCAAUUUAUCAGCUCAAGGUCCUGAAGAGCCUGGACCGCAACACGUUGUGCGAGUCUGUGUUGUUCGGUGUCCCACUGGUUGUUGUGGCCACGGCCUGCUGGAGGAUGGACUGGGAGCUACUGGAGAAGAACCAACACCAUUUCCAUUCUCUCUGUCACGCGCUCACAGAAAAGGAUCAGGUACUUCUUACCCAAAUCGAUGACCAGCACAAUGCAGGUAGCUCAUCUAGCGCACGAGAAUGGCCCCAGCCGCGUCCUCAAUGCGUCAACACAGCCCCAAAACCUGCGGGCUUUUUCAUCUUGAUGCCUUCCGAGCACAGCACUAUGCUGAUCAAGAGUGUCGUGCCCAAAGAGCUGCUGCUACCCUUGACCCAACCCAUGAGUCCAGCUGCUCACAACGUAGAGGCUGAUCUGUGUGUCAGGUCCUCGUUGUCUAUGGUGGAGCACCUAGACGAAUUCAAUCCUUUACAUUACGAAUCUGGUUUGUGUAGGGCCUUGAAAUACAGCAGUCUGCCCAAAUCUGCCGUAGACAAGACAAGAGCGAAUAAGAGAAAAAAUGAAGCCCUGCAGGGAAAGUCUCAAGCCAAGCACAAACCAGCCGAGACGAAGACAACUGGGAACCGAUUAAUAGCUGACCCCUGGUCCUAUCCACUGAUGAAUUACGCUAAAACAGCUGCUUCAAAUGUGCCGAGACACAGCAAGCACUAGUUGAUAUUUCGGUUAGAUUUGUCUAAAGUUUCACGGCUUUCGAUUCUACCAAAUCUUUGUGUGUUGUUCUGUCGUUAUAUAAAAUUUAAUUAUUCUCAUGUCUUCAGUUAAUUCGCCAAAACGCCCUUACAUCCUGUUAUUGUACUUUACUCAGUUGAUGUGCCGCCUUUGUUUUGCCUUAUAGAUUUAACUAAAUUUACGUGAAAUGUACAUAUUAUGAAAAGUGCAAAUCAAUAUAUUAAAAUUGUUGUAGCAAAGACGUUGGUCGAGUUUUAAAUCGAUUACAUGUUUAUUAAAAUUUAAAGUUUCUUUGAACAACCCCGAGAGUUAUAUUUUCGUCACAAAUCUAUUCUGUAUUUUA